GAUUAACCUUCGUGACUCGUGAUUUUGAUUUGGGCUGGUCGCGGGUUGCUGUCAAAAAGGUGUAGAGUCUUGACGGAGUGCUGCAUUUUCAUCAUCAUCGUCAAGCCUGUCUGCGAGUAAGGGAAAGCCUCUCAUGCAAAUCAUCCCUCACUUUUGGGUGUACGCGCUCUAUCUACCAUCAUCUCGCGCACUGACGACGCCCGACUUGGCUGUCUGACUGCCGCUUUGUGCCGACGCUUCGAAGCCCCCUAUUCAUUUCCUCGCAAAAGCUCAGGUGCUUCAAGAUGUCGAGCGACUCGCCAGCGGCUUCACGCGCAGGCGCGCCCUCGACGCCCCUCUCGCCCAUCUCUCCAUCGAGCGCUAGACGCUUAUCCAAUCCCUUUACAAAGAAUCAGGACGAGGCUGAGGAGCGCAGAACUGCAGCUCGUACUGCUGACCUGCGAGUCGAGGAGGAGGACGAAGAUGAUGAUGAAGGAGGCAUAUCUAGUCAUGGUCACGAUGGACUAGGAGCCAAAGCUGCCAGUUUGAUGCGCAAAAUGAGACAAGCGAGCAUCGCAUCUGUAGGGUCCAAGAGAUCCAGUACGCACGGUGCCAUCGAAGAGGAAUCCGACGAAGAGCUCGAGUUGCCUCCUCGACGCAAUCCCGAUGGGAGCAAUUAUCGCUCGCCAGGUGUCAGCACGCCCGCCUCGCCAAAUAACCAGGGACUCACAUUUCGUCCCGAGGUGGAGCCUGCGGGAGGUAACAAGCACCUUCCUCAUGCGGGACCUCCCGUGGAUGAUCUGCGUGGCAUGCCAGACCUUCGCAAGACCGUCUCUACAAGCGAAGCACCGUUUGCGCGAGGCACGACUAGAACGGGAGGCGUAAAUCGCACUUAUAGCAUGGCUCAGCAAAAGCGAAGGCCCGUGAUGAUGAACGAUGACAGAGUCAUCAGACAGCGUCGGCUUAGCCAUGAUGCCGUAAGUCAGGAAGGCCAGAGACGCUUCAUUGUGGAUGUCGAGGAAACGAUGCGUCUCGUGCUUGAACAAGAAGAUACGGAUGGCAAUUUCCAAAUCAGCAUAACAGACAGUGGCCCCAAGGUGCUCACGCUCGGCACAGCUACGUCAAACGGCUACAAGGGUGUUGACAUUCGUGGAACCUACAUGCUGUCCAACCUGCUGCAGGAGCUUGCCCUGGCGCGAGAGCAUGGCAGGAAACGCAUCGUGCUGGACGAGUCGCGCCUGACCGAGAAUGCAGUGGAUCGUCUGAGCCGCAUGAUCAGCCAAACCUUUUGGCACAAUCUGACUCGACGCAUCGAUGGAGAUGGACUGGAACGUAUCCUCUCGGAUCCCAAAAAUCGUAGCGCAAGCCGCAACCCUCGCAUCUACGUGCCAGCUGCGGAGACGGAGAUGAUAGAUUACUAUCGCACCCUGGCACGGGAGCGGCCCAAUCUCGGACUCGAAGUGCAAGUGCUGCCGAAGAACAUCACUUCGGAGUACACGCGCAGCCUGAAUGAGAGCCCCGGCUUGCUGGCCCUGGCCAUGCGCAAGGAGACGAAUGAUCGGGGAAAAGAGGAGCUGCGAGGCAUACCCUUCAUUGUGCCAGGCGCUCGUUUCAAUGAGCUGUACAAUUGGGAUUCGUAUUUCAUCUCGCUCGGCCUGGUCGUCGAUGGAUGGGUCGACAUGACUCGAGGCAUCAUCGAGCAUUUCAUGUUCAACAUUCGCCACUACGGCAAGGUUCUCAACGGGAAUAGGAGCUACUACUUGAUGCGGUCUCAGCCGCCCUUCCUCACCGACAUGGCUCUGCAGGUAUACAGCCGACUCAACCCCGACGAAGAUGCGGACAACAAAGCGUGGCUCAAGAGGGCGAUGCAAUCGGCCAUCAAGGAGUACCACACCGUUUGGAUGAAGGAACCUCGCUAUGACCCCGUGACCGGCUUGAGUCGAUACCGACCAGAAGGUCUUGGUGUGCCGCCCGAGACGGAAGCUAGUCACUUUACCCAUGUGCUGCGUCCGUACGCAGAAAAGUACGGCUGUAGUGUGAACGAAUUCACCCACAAGUACAAUCACGGAGAAGUACACGAGCCAGCGCUUGAUGAAUACUUCAUGCACGACCGUGGAGUUCGCGAAAGCGGUCACGAUACAUCUUACCGCUUCGAGAAGCGUUGCGCCAGUCUUGCGACCAUUGACCUGAAUUCUCUAUUGUACAAGUACGAGGUGGACAUUGCCACUGCCAUUCGCGAGGUCUUUGACGACAAGCUGGAGCUCGAGGAUGACUUUACACUCUGGGCACCGCUCCCACCCAAUUACGCCGACAAGCAGCCCGACGAGCCGUCGCACAGCCAUUCGGCGCCCCAGACCAGCGCAGAGUGGUUUGCACGCGCUGCAUACAGAAAGCAGCAGGUGGACAAGUACUUGUGGAACGAGGGAAAGAGUUUAUACUUUGACUACGACACCAGCACGCAGAGACAAGCCUUCUAUGAAAGUGUGACGAGUUUCUGGGCCAUGUGGGCAGGUAUGGCCAGCGAGGACCAAGCAGCCAAGAUGAUGAAGAAUUCAUUGCGCAAAUUUGAAGAAGUAGGAGGAUUGGUCCCUGGCACGGAAGACUCUCGAGGACCCAUCUCGCUGGACAGGCCCAACCGUCAAUGGGACUAUCCCUUCGCCUGGCCACCCCAUCAAAUGCUAGCCUGGAUCGGUCUAGAGCGCUACAACUACGUCGAGGACAGUCGCCGAUUGGCGUACCGCUGGCUCUACCUGCUCACCGUCUCCUUUGUCGAUUUCAAGAUGAUUCCGGAGAAGUUUGACGCCGUUAACCUCUCCCACCUCGUCGAGGCCGAAUAUGGCAAUCAGGGAACCCAGUGGGAGUACUGGCCAAAAGAGGGCUUUGGCUGGACCAAUGCUUCGUACCAAGUUGGCUUGACGUUCCUGACCAAGGCUCAACGCCGCGCCCUCUCGGUCUGCACGCACCCUCGUGAGCUCUUCGCUUAAGCGCGGUCGGCCUCCACUGGAAGCUCUGGCGAUCAGCGAGCAGAUUUCGUCGACAAUGAC